UGCAGAAAGAAAUAUGGAAGCAUCACAAGAGAAAGUGCAAUCUGAUCACAAGGCAUUUGGAUGGGCAGCUACAGACUCCUCUGGCCUCCUUUCUCCUUUUCACUUUGCCAGAAGGAGCAAUGGAGAUGAUGAUAUCACAAUGAGGAUUCUUUACUGUGGGAUUUGCCACACUGACCUCGGCAUGCUUAGGAAUCACCAUGGAAUCUCUCUCUACCCUCUUGUUCCUGGGCAUGAAAUUGUGGGGGUGGUGACCCAAGUGGGCUCCAAGGUACACAAGUUCAAGGUUGGAGACAAGGCAGGUGUGGGCACCAUGAUAGGCUCCUGUGGUGCAUGCCAAAACUGCCAAGACGACUUGGAGAGCUACUGUCCCUCCAUGACCACCACCUACACCAUGUUUUCACCCGAUGGAAGCAUCAACUAUGGAGGAUUUUCUGAUAUUCUUGUGGUUAAUGAGCACUUCGCCGUGCGUUUUCCGGACAACCUUUCACCAGAAGGUGGUGCACCGUUGCUUUGCGCCGGUAUCACGGUCUAUAGCCCCAUGAAGCAUUUUGGGCUGACUCAGCCAGGCAUGCAUCUGGGUGUGGUUGGGCUGGGUGGACUAGGGCAUGUUGCAGUGAAGUUUGCUAAGGCAUUUGGUAUGAAAGUCACUGUGAUUAGCACGUCCCUCACGAAGAAGAAUGCUGCUCUUGCUGAGCUAGGCGCUGAUUCAUUUUUAGUUAGCCAUGAUUCUGAGCAAAUGCAGGCUGCACUCGGGACAAUGGACGGCAUCAUCGACACUGUGUCUGCGCCCCAUGCUUUGAAGCCUUUGAUAGAACUGUUGAAGCGGGAUGGGAAGCUGAUAAUGUUGGGUGCACCAGAUAUGGAGAAGCCGACUGAUUUGCCUCUCUAUUCCUUGUUUGUUGGGAGGAAAGUGAUAUCAGCAAGCCUGACAGGAGGAAUGAGAGAAACACAAGAAAUGAUGGAGUUUGCAGGGAAGCACAACAUAAGUGCAGAUGUUGAAGUCAUUUCAAUGGCGGAUGUGAACACAGCCAUAGAGCGACUGGCUAAAGGGGAUGUCAAGUACCGUUUUGUCAUUGACAUUGCCAACUCCUUAUCUACUAAUUAGAAUAUAGCAAUAUGUACUUGGGUUUUAAUUUAAGUAAUUAGCCAACAGGCACAAUGCUAUAUAUAUAGGUGUUCUGUUUAUUAAUAUAUGAUUUAUAUAUUAAUCCUUUAA